UCUUUGCCAUAACCAAUUCAGAAACUUAAAUUCUCUCACAUACUUUCAGUCUGAUACUCUAAGAAAUUCAAACAACUUCAAGUUCUAAUUUUCAUGGAGGAAAUUGAUGUUCCGCAGUAUUUUCUCUGCCCAAUCUCGCUGGAGAUUAUGAAAGAUCCGGUGACGGUGUCGACCGGAAUUACAUAUGAUCGUCAAAGCAUCGAGAAAUGGUUAUUUUCAGAGAAAAACAACACUUGUCCGGUGACAAAACAAGUGUUGCCGACUGACUAUGAUUUGACGCCGAAUCACGCUGUUCGCCGGCUGAUUCAAUCCUGGUGUACUCUCAACGCUUCCUACGGUAUUGAGAGAAUUCCAACGCCGAAGCCGCCGGUCAGCAAGGCUCAGAUUUCAAAGCUCAUAAGAGAUGCAAAAUCGUCGCCACAGUUGCAGCUUAAGUGCCUGAAGGGGCUGAGAUCAAUAGCAUCGGAAAAUGAUACAAACAAACGCUGCUUAGAGGCUGCCGGCGCUGUCGAGUUCUUGGCGUCGAUUGUCAUGAACAAGUUUUGUUUUGUAUCGUUUGAAGAAUCAAACGAAGAUGGGUUCGACUUCACCGGCCUGACUGAAGAAGCUUUGAGCAUUUUGUGCAAUCUUCAAUUAUCCGACGUCGGAUUGAAGAAUCUCAUGAACAAAAAUGGGGAGUUUAUUGAGUCGUUGACACAAAUCAUGCAACGUGGAACCUUCGAGUCUAAAGCUUAUGCAGUAUUAUUAUUAAAAUCAAUGCUCGAAGUGGCGGAUCCAAUCAAACUCACCAACUUAAGCCCCCAGUUCUUCAUCGAAAUAAUCAAGAUUUUACGGGACCAAAUCUCUCGACAAGCCUCAAAAGCAGCACUGCAAUCACUCAUAAAUCUUCUUCCAUGGGGAAGAAACCGAGUGAAAGCGGUCGAAGCCGGCGCCGUUUCGAUCCUUAUCGAUCUUCUCUUGGAGAAGUGCGAGAGAAGGGAUUGCGAGCUCAUUCUAAUGACGAUUGAUUUUCUUUGCCAAUGUGCUGAAGGAAGAGCCGAGCUAUUGAAGCACGGGGCAGGAAUGGCAAUAGUAUCGAAGAAGAUACUUAGGGUUUCGCAAGUGGCAAGCGAAAGGGCCAUCCGGAUUUUGCUUUCGAUUUCAAAGUUCUCCGCAACCACCACUGUUCUUCAAGAGAUGUUGCAACUAGGCGUUGUAGCGAAAUUGUGUUUGGUGCUUCAGGUUGAUUGCGGUAGCAAGACAAAAGAUAAAGCUAGAGAAAUACUGAAAAUGCACGCCCGGGCGUGGAAGAAUUCUCCAUGCAUACCAAAUAGUUUUAUUGGUUCAAAUCCAGUAGCUUGAUUUAUUCAGAGAGAUCGAUAGGGAAAGGGAAAAAAAAUCAUCAAUUUGACUCACUUUUUCUCUAAUUUUUUUUUACCAUUUUUUGUGUAUAAGUUGUUAAUUAUACAAUAGUAAACAGAUGCUAGAUGAAUCAAAA